UCUCAGUCUCCGCGAGUGCCCGCUCAUCUUUCGACGACCACCGACUUCCCGCGCUUUUGUAUAUACGUGAUACCUGUGCUUGUGUGUGUGACUCUCCUCCUGUCGCUCCUGUCGUUCAUCAACGGAUUUUCAUCUAUUUCAAAGGGCGUGAAAAUGUGGUUACAAGCCGUUUUCGGGGUGGUGUGUCUGGUGACGUGCGGUUCCGGGCAGCUGGACCUGAUCAACCAAUGGAACCUGAUGACGUUCAACGUGCCGUACAACUACCCGCGCAACGACAAGUACACGCCGGAGAACACGAUGGUGACCGGCGUGGAGGUCGGCUGGGACCGCAUCUUCUUCGCCCUGCCUCGCUUCCGCCCCGGGAACCCGGCCUCCUUCGGCUUCAUCCCCCGGCACAGACCCGGUCUCGCCUUCAACAAAUCCCCGCCCAUAGAGGUGAGGAGCAUCACGCUCCCUCAGGAGGUAUUGCGGCGACACUCACUUCUGUCGAACAUGGUGAUCGAUCACUUGGGCGACGAGACGACCCACGAUUCGUGCGAUCACGCCUUCGUUUACCUCUCGGACACAGUGGCACCUGGAAUCGUCGUCUACGAUGCCAGGAGAGACGCUGCCUGGAGGCUCAGUCACCCCAACAUGUUCCCCGAACCGGAGUUCGGCAAAUUUACGUUGCAAGGCGAGUCCUUCACUCUGAUGGACGGUAUCAUUGGUAUGGCCAUCUCUCCGCCAGGGAGCUACCAGAAGUUGCUGUACUUCCAGGCUUUCGCCUCGGACAAGAUCUACUCGAUACCGACGGCGGCCCUCCAGGCCGGACCCAACACGGGCGACGACUCGGACCUGCCGGUCACUCUGGUCGGACACAAGUCCUCGCAGGCCGCCCCUCUGGCCUUCGAUCCCCUCGAAGGAUCCCUCGUCUUCAGCCCUGUAGCCGAGACUGCGCUCGCUGCCUGGGUCCCUGGCUCCAGCGACCACAGAGUGGUGGCUUACGAUGCGGAGGCGCUGCAAUUCGUGCUGGACAUUCGAGCAGCAGACAGGGACGGCGGAGCCCUGUGGAUGAUCUCGACCAGACUCCAAAAAUUCAUGAGGCAAUCGCUCAACAGUCGCGAGGUCAACAUCCGUCUCAUGAGAGUCGUGCCCCAACACCCGAACCCCUACCGCAGCAUCCCUUACUCCGGCUACUCGCCAGCCUUCGCCAACAACACCCUCCUUCACUUCGGCAAAAAAUAGUCAUCAUCCCUUCCAAACCACGUAAAAACACGCUUUAGGAUCGCGUGAAUUCUACCAAUUUAGAUUUUUGACCUCAGUUUGUUCUAUGGUGAUGCACACUCUCAUGAUCGAUGAAAUUAAGAAUCUUAUAUUCAAACUUUAACCGUUCUGUGCACUGUCGUAUGCUGCCAUGCUAAGGAAAAACUCCGUUUGAACCUUCAGACGUUGCCAAAUUUCUUGCGAUAUACACUGAAAAAAAAGC